GCUCGCAUCCUCUCGGCGGUGAGAACGCGACCAUUUUGCGGGGGGGAUCGGCGAGCGGCGGUAACCGCGGCGGCGGAACGGUGACCGCGGGCGGGGGGGCCGCACGGCCCAGGCUGAGGAGCGGCUGUCUCCCGCGGCGGGGCUCGGGCCGGCGGCGGAGGCGCCUGAAGGGGGAAAGAGGCUGCUCCGGAGGCGCGGCCCGAGGCGCUGGGCCCAGGGCUCCCGCUCGCUCCGGGGAAGGGACGGGCGACGCCGAGCCCGCACCGAGCGACCGUUUUUUUUCUCCUUCCCCUCAGCGCUGGGCGGCGUCCCCCGGGCCGGGCCCGAACCGCCGGGGAAAAUGUCCAGGCCUGUCAGGAACAGGAAGGUGGUCGAUUACUCCCAGUUUCAGGAAUCAGAUGAUGCUGAUGAAGAAUAUGGAAGAGAUUCAGGUCCCCCAUCCAAGAAAAUCCGUUCCUCUCCCCGGGAGGCUAAAAAUAAGAGGAGAUCUGGGAAGAAUUCUCAGGAGGACAGUGAGGAUUCAGAAGAAAAAGAUGUGAAGACUAAGAAAGAUGAUUCACACUCAGCAGAUGAAGAUUUUGGCAGUGAAGAUGAUGACUUAGGAGCAGAUGAUGGCAAAGCUGACAGUGACUAUGAGAGCUCUCAAAAAAGCAAAAAAGGAAAAAAGGCUAAACCAGAAAAAAAUAAGAGAGCAGCCUCCAAAUCCAGGAAAAGGCCUGCAGAGGACAGUGAGGAUGAGAAAGAAGACCACAAAAACGUCCGUCAGCAACGACAGGCAGCAUCCAAAGCAGCCUCUAAACAACGAGAGAUGCUUAUGGAUGAUGUGGGCAGUGAGGAGGAAGAGCAAGAGGAUGAUGAGGCACAGUUCCAGGAGAAUUCAGGAAGCGAUGAAGACUUUCUCAUGGAAGAUGAUGAUGAUAGUGACUAUGGCAGUUCAAAAAAGAAAAACAAGAAGGUCUCCAAGAAAUCCAAGCCAGAGAGGAAAGAAAAGAAAAUGCCGAAGCCUAGGCUAAAGGCUACAGUGACCCCCAGCCCAGUGAAAGGCAAAGGGAAGGCAGGUCGCCCCACAGCUUCCAAGACAACAAAAGAAAAGACCCCAUCCCCCAAAGAAGAGGAUGAAGAGCCUGAAAGUCCUCCAGAAAAGAAAAAAUCAGCCAGCCCUCCACCAGAGAAGUCAGGGGAUGAGGGAUCUGAAGAUGAAGCACCCUCUGGUGAAGAUUAGGUGGCAGUUGAGGAAAUCUUUGGUUAAAAAAAAAAGAAAAAAAAAAAAGAAAAAAAAAAAGAAAAAAGAAAAAAAGGAAAAAGGAACAGAAAAUAUACUUAGGGGUAGAACACGGUUUUGGCUGUGGCUUGACUCAUGGGCUUUGAAUGCUGUCUUUACUUUCAGCUGUUUAAUACAGUGUAUCCUUUUUUUUAAUAAGAGGAAACCCUUAUACUGUAAUAUUUUGAAGUCAAUGUUCUCUGUUGGCCAUUCCGUUCUCCCUCCCCCACCCAAUCUGAAAGCCAUUUGAGACAAAUUAACAGACCAUUUAAAUAUAUUUUUUUUCAAGGGAUACUGCAGUUGUGAAGCAAUAAGGUUUGAGACUGAUAACAUGGAAACCAUGCUUAAAAAUCAUUAAGUAGAGUAGAUUUCCCAGUGCUGGUAAGAGUUCUUUAAAGCUAUUAUUCUGUAUUUGAAUAUCUGGAAAAUUGAAUUUAUUCUUUAAUGGACUUUUGUUGAUAAAAAUUCACACUCAGAAAAAAUGUAGUUGAUAUGAGUACCAAUUGAGGAAGAGGAAACCUGUGUUUCUUGGGUUCAGGCACGUUUUUCAUGGAAAGCAAUCAAGAGACUUGUAGAUGGUCCAUUGUCUUUUCUUGAGAAAAGAUCCUCCAAUUAGGAUGCCAUAUCUUUUGUCUUUGCUGGAUAGGAUGUGUUCUGCUUUAGGCAAACUGCAGAUCAUUCUGUACACAUUCAGGUAUGUGACAAACAAGCUUCUCAUAUCCAUUAGCUCCUGUAUUCCUUCCAGGGUUGGCUAUGGAUGGGCGGAAUAGGGAAGAGAAAAACAAUUUUGAAAACUCUGGUUUCCAUUUGGGAGUGUGGAAAAUUUCUUCGAAGCUUUUCCAAGGGAAAAAAAAAAGUGUAAAACUAAAUUCUUUAGGUUUUGGGGCGAGGGGUGUCCUUUUCUAAAUGUGAAGCAAAGGAUUCCUGUAAUGCUCUGGUCAGUCUUGGAUCCCAUGAGUCAUGCCUAAGUGUUUCUCUUCUUUCCCUCCAUCUGUCCUAGCCUCUCCAGCUACAGAGUGGGACAGCAGCAGACCCCAAUCCCUAGGGAAUGUCACCCCAAUCCCUAGGGAAUGUCACCCCAAUACCACUUCCGUUUCUUCAUUCUGCCCUUCUGCUCCCUGGGAGGCUUUGCUCCCACAGCAAGGUGUCUGCUCCUAACUCUUGGUCAUCAUUCUGCUCCCUAAGCCUAAGAAGUGCUGAGUAGGGAACAGUCUUAAAGGAUGAAGCUGGGAGAAAGUGGAAUUUGGAAGCAGUUGUAACAGGGCUAUAGUUUUAUAAUAAAAGCAGGAUGUCCCUCUAAAUGCAAGACACUUGAGAUAUGUGUGGUGGCAUUUUAAUGUGUUUUUAUCAAAGCAGCCAUAUCCUUUUUUUAAAAGUCAAUUAUAAAACACACAAACCUUUGUUUUCAAACCCUAAUAUAGAGGUUGCUGCCAUGUUUGUUGGUGGAAUUACUGAAAACUGGACCUGCCAUUUUUCACUUUUUUUUUUUCUUUCUUAAACCCUUUAUGCUUUCUGUAUGUUGCUCACAGUUAUAGCUGACAAGCUUUGCAUCUUUUUUUUUUUUUUGUCACAGAACUACACAUUUUGUAACCAGCCUCUUGAAGGUAACAUAAGGCAGCUAAUAAGUUGGAUUUCUGGUGCACGUGCUACCAGAUUUUUCAUUGUGUUUGGAUUUUAGAGAGCUUUUAGAUGUGACACACUAAUCUGACCAGGAAGGACACUUGGCUGAAUGGCACAGGGAGCCUGAAUAUACUGAGCACAGUGUGGAGCCAAAAAUGUGGAACAGAAUAUUCAUAUAACAGCUGAGUGAUUGUCUUGUGUGAUUCAUAGCCAUGGGUUAUAUUGAGGCUGGUAAAUUACUUUACCUUGGCUUAUAAAAAAAUUAAGUUCUCUAACAUUCUUUAAUGAAACUACUGUUGCCAUUACAAUAAAGGUGAUCGGUGUUUCCAUUGUAAAUCUUUUAUUUUUUUUUUGUUUUAAAGUGGUUUAAUUUUGCAGAACAGCUUAAGGCUGGAGUGAAGUAUCAGUCUUGAAAAAGAAGCAAAUGUAAUCCCCUCUCCCACACCUCUUCCCACCUUCCAGAUUUCUGGAAGAGCAAUGUCUUUUGCAUUCCUUCUGCUCCUAGUCCAGUGCUUCUUGGGUAACAAUGGGAAAAUAAAUGGCCAAGUUUUAAAAAACAUUUGGAUUAGAUUUGGGGGUAGGAUACACUUGUGAAUAUCUGGCCCAAGUAGCUGUUCCCCUUCAGACCAGACUAUGAUUCCAGCUGUUCUUGUCUGCUGGAUUCUUUGGGUUUAUUUUGGUAUGAAUAUGUACAAGGAUUACUUAAAUGUAGAAUACCUCUAGCUGAUCUGGUCAAACAGCUCUUUAUCUACCCACUAGACCAGAUAUUUUCUGAAGGGUGUAUUUUGUAAAUUCCAUUUAAAAUAUAUUUUUGGGUUUUUUUCUAACGCAGUUAACUGAAGUUAAGGUUGUGAAAAAUAUGUUUCUGUUCUCAGUUCAGGUUUUGGACUGGGUUAUUUUAUGCCUGGCAGUUCUGGCCCUUUAUCUUCCAAAACUGUUCUGUUUUCUCAUAUGUUCAUCUCUCAUAGCUGUUACAGGCUGCAUGAUGCUUGUUGAGUUUGUCACAACUCAAACACUAUGUAAAUCCUCUACUACUUCUGGGAUUUUGUAACUUUUUCUAUAUCUUACUGUUUUGCUGGUUUGUGCAAACACUAAGCCCUAACAGUCUCUUGGUUACUCUGUUAGAAAUACAGCUGUUUACAUUUUUACAGACAGAAGAAAAUUGUGAAGGUUAAAACAUUUAGUUUCGGGGUUGUUUUUUUUUUUUAGUACAUGACAUUUUUCAGUAGUGGCAGACUUAGCAUUUUUAAAUGUCCUUUUUAAUUCAUUUGUAUAAAGUAUUCUGAUUUCUUGAAGGAAAGCUGUAAAAAUGCCUUUUCUCAAGGAGCAUGAGUAGUUCUUCAUGGAGCAGAAAAAUUUCUUGACAGAAGGUGGUUUUAGAAAGACUCUUCUGUUACACAGCUGUAGUUUUGGAGGCUUUGCAGAGAGGUAAAUGCAUUUAUUCGAAAGUUCAUUUAAUCUAGUGCCCUGCCCUGGUCUUAUUCUUAAAAUGGUAUUUAUAACUAACUUCCAUUUUAUAUCCUUUCAUCCAUUCUGUUCCUCACCACCAUGUUGUCUCACAGUUCUGUUCACUAACACUGCCUUUAGCUGGCCACAAGGCUUCAUCUCUACAAAUUUGCUAUUUCAGCUGGAAUUCCAUACUAAAGGUUAUUUGCUUCAGUUUGUUUGAUCAGCAUGAGAAUGUCAAACAUGCCAAGCUAAAUGGGUUUCAGAAUGGGUUGUGGGUGAGAGGCAAGACUUGGGAAAGGGGCAGCCACAAAGCUUCUGAUUUUCUCGUUAAGGUGAAAGCAGCAAAAUGGGUGGGGAGAGCAGCAGCACCUUGGGUGACUUCUGCACUUCAUGGGUGCCAGGUCAUGGUUCUGAGUGUGCUCAGCUCUUCUGCCAGCACACAGCUACAUCUGCAAGUGAUGGACUACCAGGACUGUGGCAGAAGAUUUGCUCAAAUUCCUUUUUAAUUCCUUUUUUUCUUUUUUUUUUUUUUUCCUUUUUAAUCUUCCCCUCCACUGGUGAUGGUCACAAAGGUACAAUAGACACUGAGGCACCCAGGCUAACAGAGGGAGGGAAGUAAACUGUAACAUGCUGGAAGCUUUUGAGCUGUAGAAACUGGUGCUUUGCUUUAUGUAAUUUGUUUGUGAAGUGUUUAUUUUUAUAACAGAUCAUAUUGUUGAACACAUGGUUCUUAAAAACUACGAACUGAUCCGUGAGUUUUAAUAUUUGAGAAGUGGAUGUUCAUCUGUUGGGGGAGGCAGGGUAUGACAAUGUGAGCAGAUGGAUAUUUUAAGGGACACUGUCACAAAAUAGUUGCUGGCAUAUAGGAUAUGUUGGUUUGGGGGAGUCACAUCUAUACGUGUAAAUUACAUAGUUUGUAUGUAUAGAAUCAAAUCGAAAAAUUUCCCUCAACUCUGAAUAUUUUCCUACAGUUUCGGGAGGUUUAAAUACAAGUUCUGCUCAUGAAACUAUUCCAUUCUUAUUGUCCAAGAUAAUUUUGGGGUUUUUUUAAAGCCCUCAGAGGAAUAUCUGGGCUCUGAAAGUCGACAGUGUCCUCUCGAGACCUCCCCAAAUCAAAGCGUAUUCUCGUUUUAGCCUUCCCACUUCAGUCCAGGAUUGGCAUCUGAAUGUCUUCAUUGAACUCUUUCUAGUAAAAACGGGAGUAUUUCUAAUUCUAGCCAAGUUCUCCCCAUGUGCUGAGGCUGUGUCUCAACCACUACUGGAGGUGACUCCAGGCUGCCUGCCCCCUUCAGCCAGGGUGACUCGAGUGGGUCCAUCGGUCCGCGCAUGCUCAGUGUGACUGCAAACCACCAUUGUGCAUAUGCUUUGUAUAUUGGGGCAAGGGUUUUUUAUAUAUAUAUUUUGGGAGGGGUAGCGGGUGGGAUGGAGAAAUAACUCAAAAAAUCAGCUUAAGCCAGAAUAAUGUGUGGAAAAGCCCCUGAAGUAUCUGGUGUGUGAGUGCGCGGGUGUGAGUGGGCGCAUGGGAGUGUCUGCCAUCUUAUUCCCUUUGUGUUCUGAGGAUUUGUGAGGUUUACUUUUUUUCCUUUUUUUCCCCUGCAAUUGUUACAAAAAAAAAAAAUUGUAAAUAAGAGCUACGUAAUUUUUUUGUUUAACCAUGAACAUCAUGUCACAGCAAACCCUGAAUUAAUCACUUUGAAGGUAGAGGAGGAGACUCCAGGUAGGGCCUUGGGCUAUCAGCAAGGCAUCAUUCUCUGGUAUACAAUGAAUAUUUGUCUUGAGUAUUUGCAAUCCCCUGGUGAGCUUUUCUAAAAAUCAGGCUCUUUGCAGUUUCCCUCCCCAUCUCCAUUUUAAUUUUUUUUUUUUUUUCAAAUCUGGAUUGCAGACAAAGGGGCAGUUGCAAAGCGUUCCAGUGCUGCUGGCAGAGACGUGGGCACCAUCUGUGGGCCCGAUGGGGUUGGUGACUUGCAAUACCUUGACAAUACUGAGACCUACCACAUGGUACUAGGAGUUAAGUCUGAAUGUAACAUUAACGCUUUAUUUAAAAUAAAAACCAACGUUUUUUGUUUUGUUUUGUUUUUUUUUAUUAUUUUAUUUUAAGGGGUUGAAGUGAACAUGACUGUUGACCAUGUUCGUGAAUUAUAGAUGCAACAUUCACUGGUAGAAUUGUGUGAUGGUCUUUUGUGCUACUUAAUUUUACAUAUUCCAGUCUCUGUAUGUACCUGCAAAGAAAGAAAAGAAAAUAACAAAACCCUGCUUUGCUUUUAUUGAAGGGUUCCCAGGACUGCAUACCUGCUCCUGAGCUCUGUUUUAAGUAUGUGUAUCCUUCGCUUGUAUUUUGUAUUAAAAAAAAACACAAGGAAAAAGAACCCUUUAUUGUUCAGCAUGUUGGAAUUGUGUCCCCUCUUUUAUUUUUCUCCUUUUUGGAAUAUAUUAAGCAACUCAUUCUUCUGUAUCUUUUAUUUUCUUUUGUAAACUUUUUGGUUUUGUUUUAAAAAUGGCUUUAUAAAAGGGCUUUUAUAACCCAUG